CGCCCGUAUUAAAAGGAAUGUAUGCGUGCGCACGUUCGUUCUUGCAGGAGGCCUAGAAUUGCUGCCAGAGAAGUCAGCAUGGGAUCUUUGGUUUAUUUUGUUUGCAUGAUAUUUCUGUUUACAUUUGUUGAUAGUCGAAGGGAAUACACUAAAGAAGAAUUCUGUCCAGUUUCUGUGAAACACGGUGACUGGACGCUUGACUACAAGGAUGGAUAUCGCUGCAUCCUAAGCUGUGAUAACGGGUUCGAGCCAUCUGAUUGCCAUGUUAUCAGGAGAGAUAAACAUGAUCAAUGGGAAAGGACUGUGCCAACAUGCGUUGAAUCCUCGAUGAUAUCUGGUAAAACUGUUGCAGCAGUUGGUGUAGGAGCAGCGGCUGUAGUAGGAGCACCUUAUGCCUUGGCAGCUGCCGGGUUCGGUGCUGCAGGCGUAGCAGCCGGAUCUCUGGCAGCUUGGCUUCAGGGUUCUGCUACAGCAGCAGGUAGUUGGUUCGCUUUGGGUCAGAGUGCCGGGGCUGCAGGAAUAGCUGCGACCACACAAGCCGGCAUCUUUGGUUCCGUUACAACAGUCACUCGGGCGGCAACGAGUUACUUCACAGGAUGCGAGGCGGAAUAAAUACAAUGACGUUUACUUAUUUUUUCAUUUUCAAUUCAUAUCUGUUUUCCCUUUCGACAAUUUUUGUGUUAUAAAUAAUCUUUAUUCUCAUAUGUCGACCUUUUUUAUUCAAAUGGUAUCAUAUCGUCCGAGGAGUGAGAUCGAAAUGGGUUUACCUUUUAUUAAAUAAGGUAUUGACGGCUACAUAGGUUUAAAUCUUCUCAUAUUGAGCAGAGAGAGCGAAAUAGGGUAAAUGUUAUUAUAUCCAGGAGUGCAAGCGAAAAGGUAUAGAUGUUAUUAUAUCAAUGAGUGAGACAGAAAUAUGUGUAAUAUUAAUAUAUCGAGGAGAAAGAAAGCGAAAUAUGCCUAAAUAUUAUUAUAUCCAGGAGUGAGAGCGAAAUAGGUCUAUAUGUUGUUAUAUCCGGGAGUGACAGCAAAAUAGGUCUAAAUAUUAUUCUAACACGACCAGCAAAUAACCUAUAUACACAUAGGAGAAAAUCAAUCAACGGUUGUUUUUAGAUAAAAAACAAGGAAGAAUAUCCAACAGGGAAAGUCACGUUCAAAAAACGCUGCCUCCCCAAAGACACACACGAAAAACUCAUGCACACCAUACACAAAAAUGAACACAAAAGGACAAAACAAACAAAUACAGGAACACAGUGACCCAUGCGCGUGCAAAGUAGUGACGUCAUCCUCUAUGUGUAGAAUGAUCUAGGUGCGUAGCACGAAAUGUAGUUCAUGUCAUUAAAAGUAGUUACCAUUUUUUCUAACAUGUUGAUACUAAUAUGUCGUGUUAGAAUCGAAAUAACAAGACGUCGCCUUAUUUCCACAAUGCGCCAAGUGCCAUUUUUGCAAUUUUGGGAAAUGCAAAUCGAAAGUUUAGGUAUCAAUAACUUUGCAACUAUUUGGUCAAAAAAAUUGAAAAUUUCAGACCUUGUUUAGUUUGUAUUCUUUAGACUUAUGUAAAAAUUUCAAAAGAAAUAAUAAAAUAGAAUUUUAAGAAAUUAAAAAAAUGUUUUUAAAAAAUCACAUGAAAAUGAAUAUUAUAGUAUUGAAAGUUAAUUCCAAACUGCAACUUCGAGUUAGGCCGUUGUGGAAUGAAAAGAACUUUCAAAAAUAGGUAAAAUUGCCUUGCAAACUGUCUUUUUCGUUGUUUAACACUGACUAAAAAGGAUAAAAACAUUAUUGCAAUGAAUAUUCACACAGAGUCAUAUUAAAGUCUUAAUAAUAACUGAAAAAGCCCUAUUCAGUAACUUUCAAGCAUUGCUUCUUACAAAGAACUAUUGAACAACUUUCUAUAAUGCAAUACUCCGAAAUGAUCUCCUUAUAAAAAUUCAACAACCGAUACUGAAGCAUUACUAUUGAAUGACUCUCAAUAUUCAAUGAAACCACUGUUACCUGCGAAACUAACAUUCAUGAAAUAACUUCCAUCUCACCAAAAAGACGCAGUAUACCAGUCUAUAGACUUUAGGCCUAUAGAUUUCACCAUUAGCAGAACCAGCUUUUAAAAACGUAAUUAUGUAUCUUUUGAUCAAUUUUAAAAUAAAACAUGGAAAGUAUGAAACUUUAUAGAUAGUGCAGAUAUUUAAAAUGACUCAUUAACACAAAUUCGCAAUAGCAGUAUGAAUACUGAAUCAUUUCAAAGUACGAUACCUUAAAUUUAUAGAAAUUUUAAGGUAUACUUUACCCAAAUUUCAUACAAAUACUGCAUACUAUUUAUGUAAAAAUAAAAUCAACAAGUUUAUGUGUAUGAACAGUACUAUCCAUUAGGAUAAAAAUAGUACACCCUCUGUACAUGUAAAGCUGAACACAAUAUAAAUGUGCAUGUCCACUAAAAACACAGAAUGCGUUUUUAAACAGUCAGCCUUAGCUACUCCAGGACAAUUUGAUUGCAACUGUUGCCAGUGUCGUAAAUGUUUUAGAUAUAUUUAAGAAACACAAGACUGUAUGCUUCUUGAAACAGUAAAGUAUUUUAAAUGUUACUAUGGACACUAUCAAUUUUUUUUUGUAUAAAAAAUGGCCUGGACAACAAAACUUCUAUAAUAUCUCAUCAUUAUCGUUAUCAAUUAUGAAUCUUUUCAGUGCAAAUGUAAUUAUGUAAUUCCUAUUUUGGGACCAAAGUGAGUUCGACAUGAUGGUUGAAUGCUCCAGGACCUGUUAACUAAAUGUAAUACUAAUACUAAAACACUGGCUAUCUCAUUGCUUCUUCGGCCAGCCGUCGGCAUGAUAUGCAGUUUUAUCAAUAGAAAAAUAUGCCUGUCAGAUUGCACAUGUUCAAUUUUCUUUUGCUGAAAAAGUCUUAAAAAUUUGCCCGUAGUAACAGAAAGGACAUUAUCUAGAUAAAACAUAUAACCAAACUGUUUGUAUUAUUUCUACAAGCCUCUUGCUCACCCUUUGUAUCGAUUUUGUCCUGUAAGUAUUGUUCAUAUCUAUGUCUAAUGCUUUCAUCUAUAUGCUCAAAGUCAUCAGCCAUCGAUCUUGACAAGACUUAGUGUCACAUUUGUCUUUCAUAGGUAUAUUGAAUUAUAGAUAGAUAGAUAGAUAGAUUUAUUCAGGUAUAAGAUCAUAUAUACAAUCUAAAAUUACAAAUAUCGCAUUAAGUAAGACAAGUUUUGUAAGAUAUUUAAAACUAAGCGAACAAAUUCUAAAACUAACAUGUGACUUACAUUCACAUAAUAUUGCUUAAACAUAGAUAAAAAAUACAAAUAGAUAGUUUGAUAAAAGUUAUAAAAAGACAAUGAUUUAAUACUAAUAAAAAUCAUAAAAAAGUUAUUUCAAGUUUAGCCGUGCUUCCUAAAUUAUUCUCCGCUGAUCUUAUACCAAGGAUAACCCAUGAAAGUAGCUUGAAGAGCACUUAUUUCCAAUGGGGUCCUCGACUCAUUACGGCACCGAUUUAGUUAUAUGUUAAGUAAAAAGAAAAAAAUCAUCAGUGAAAGACUAAUACGCGAAAGAAGAAUAAAAUAAAAAGGAAGUACUAAAGAGAAUUAUUUUAGUGAAUACCUCAGUAAUAACAACUAAAGUUUAAAUAACAAUUGGAUUUAAAAACUAAAUAUUAAUAUCUUAUAACUUGGCUUUCCUCAAGUAAUUUCCCUUCUCGAGGGUAAACGAUUUGUACGAGGGUACGCCUGCUGAACACCAUAUAUGGAUGGCUAUGAUACAAAACAGAAAGACCCUCUAUUUUAUAUGUUUUGGAAUGUUCUUUUUCAGCAGAUUUAAUCCAUUCUAUUGGCACUGAACAACAUAUGUCAUACAUCUCAGCCACUGACAAACAUUCUAGGUAUUCCCUUUGGUAAAUAUAGUGGUUCGGUAUGAAUUCUGAAAUUCUUUGGUCAUUAACCCCACAAAAGUUAUUGAUCAAAAGUGAGAACUGACCGUUUAUUGGACACUAUUGUUUCUCUAUUAUACACUAUAUAUACCACUAAUAAAAACAGUAAAACACUAGUCUUACACUGAAAGUACAAUCAAGUAUCCGAAACUAAAACCAUCCGAAAAUGUAAUACACAUUAACAUUGAGUUUGCAUCAAAGGUUGCGCUCUUUUGGCAAAAAUUAUAUACACCACUAAUUUAAGAAAUUGUAAAAAGCAAUAAAUAGCAAGUAAAUAUUCUCUGUUUGCAAUAAAUAAUCUGCAAUAUCUGUUACAAAGUAUAAUCUGCAAUAUCUGUUACAAAGUAUGUACCUUUUUAGUUGAAACUUCGCCAUGUUCCUCAUAUUGUUGUCACGUGAUGUGAUAUGACAAUAUCAUUGGCGUUUCAAUAUGUGGCAUUGUGGAAAUAACCUAUAGUGUUUUCAACGACUAAGGGCUUUGUGGAAAUGCGAUUUACUCUAGUUUUAUACGUUCCACAAGGAAACAAUCAGGAUAUUAUGAUAGAGCUCGGCGAGACGAAAAAAAUGAUACCAAACACUCCAAAUUGACCAAAAUUGACAUAUGGCAUUGUGGAAAUCAAGCGACGAAGUUCCAAAGUCAAGUUCUACUGUAACGAUGUUGCGUUCCGCUUUCGCUUAAGCAGACCUUUUAGAUUGAUUGUUUUCUUAUAUAUAAUACUGUAGAAAGUUGUUAUUUGGUCUUUUGACUGGCAAGAUUGACAGUGUUCUCAUAAUACCACGAUCAUAUAGGUCUUUAAUAGUUUUGUUUUUGUAUUGAGUAAUCAAUAAUGAAUAUAAUAUAUCCAUUUGUAGUUAUUUCACUAAAAGUUAAGUUAAUAGUUAAGUUAAAUGACUCGGUAAAAUAUAACAGCAGAUAAUAAAUUUUAUUUUGUAUGUAUAUACAUGUAUUAUGCUUGUUUACACUCAUCUUUCACGCAUGCUUGUAUUUGUAUGUAUGACGAUGAACUUCAAGUCUGUUGUAAAUAAAUUUAUGUUCUGUUC